AUGCAACCUUCGGGUGGUAUUGCAGCUAAGGCACCAGAGGGUGCUACAACUGAACGAGUUCGGCAAUCCCGAAUACCAAAAGGAAGCAUUGAGUUCGUAAUUCUACGUUACUGUUUAGAUGAGGGUGAGCAAACGUUACAACAAACCGCAAUUGUUCACGUUCGUAGCGUCAACAAGUGCACAGGCCUGUCGCUGACCCGUACAGUGCGAUGUCAGUGUCCGCACACCAAACAACGGCGAGCGGAAUGUUGGCUCAGCAGUAGUGUGGGCUGCGGUUGUCCUUUCCGACGACAGUCUCGUGAUUCUCAUUGGCUGUGCGGUAACACGGACCUCAUGAGAAAACGAGUCAAGGCAGGUUCAGCAAACGGGAUAAUGACGACCGACCUUUCGAAAACGGAACAAGACCUGGUGUUGAAUGAGAAUCUCGGUGAUCAGAUGAAAAAGGGUGAGACCAAACACUGGUGGAGCGCGCGUCCUGGACGAAAGUUGGUGAUACGUCAACCGUUUUGCACAGCAUGCUUGGCUCCACACCGAAAACAUUUCAUAGUUUUUCGGGAUAAGCCUCUCAUUAGGAUCGAUCGACCGAUCGAUGAAUCAGCCACCGGGAAGCCAGCGGACGAGCAGACGGAAUUGGAUACACUCCCAACUCUUUCUCACGUCUAUCUAGCUGAAGUCAUCGGACAAGAGUUCAUCGACCCCAUAGAAUUUGCAUGCCCAAUACCCGCUUGGAUGCCGGAUUUCAAGGCCCUAUUUUUGACCUGCUUCUCUCCAUACAUCCACAGCCAGGGUGGGACCAUGCGGUGUUCUUUGCCGGUUUGCAGCAUUUGCUGGAUGGUGUCUUGCCGGGAUUGGAAGCAGUUGCUGUCUGACCAGCUCGUCGAAGGCGGUGCUCGGUGCUCACUUGCGCUUGGCGUGAGCAACCGGUCAGUUCAGCGUGAACGAUUUGGUGCACCUGGCACGAGGAAUGUCCGAGACCUCACCAAACAAACAGAAGAAGCCGGAAGUGUAGCCGAUCGAGGACCUGCGGAUCAAAGCGGACUGACUGAAGCGUGGGAGCGCUUUGGAACAAGUAUAUGCUACAAAUGUGGCAUGUCUGGCCAUGGAAGAACAAAUGUCUCCAUAACUGUAACUAAUAGCGGUUUUAUUCUACUCUUCUUUCCCGUAUGGGUUGCGAUUAGUACAGUGAUACAAGCCAAGAUACAGGCUGUAAUUGAGAUAGAUUGGAAGAGGAGUUCGUGCUUGAUCGACACAGCAGCAGGGCCGCUACUGAGACAGAUUCUCCGGGAGCACUUGGAAAGACUGAGUGUUGUCUAUCUCCUCUGGUUGACCAUCGUCUCGUUGGCUGUCGCCUACAAUUUCGUCACAAUCCCGCUACGUGAGGCGUUCGACGUGUAUGACGGAGCAGACUAUCAGUUCUACUGGUAUAUUGGGAACAUUUUCGCCGAUUGUGCCUACUUGUUGGAUAUUUUGUGUGCCCGCCCCAGGGUUGAGUUCAAUCAGGAUGGUCUUGUCAAGAAUGAUUUCAAGUCAUGCGCUCUGAACUACCUGAAGGCACCUCAGUUUAAGACGUCAUACGUGUCUCAAAUUAGCAGGCGCGUCACGAGCCUUUCAAAUUCUCGCAUUGGCCUCAACUGGCCUGUUGAAAUCGGAGCCAAUACAAUUUGCGUAAUAGCUGAAGAGCUUCACAAACUCAAGGGUCUCUCCCUGGAUUGUGAGUGGCGUGUCCAUUUGUGUGACGUGGACCAUAGUCCUCGCCUCGAAACCUCAUCAUUUUCUACGUCUAUUUUGUGUCCCGUCUAG